AUGUUCCAGACUACGCUUUACUCAAGGUCUUCACUCAAUCCGAGCACCGAGCCGCGGUUCAUUCCACGACCAGUCAUCCUCCAAAUACUCGAACGUUCACAUCGAACCGCCGUAUCAGACCCCGAGCUCAAACAGGACCCCGAUCAAUUAUUCACCUUGGCAUCCGCAUUGAGCAGAUCGAAGAUGUCUUCAAUCCUCAGUAUCAGUCAGCAUACACAGGCAGCUACCCCUGAACCAGCUAACCCACCCAAGCAGGGCGCCAGCGAGUGCGACAACCCCAAUACGCAUCAUCACUCUCUAAAGUGCGGCCAUACCGUCCAAACUUCCACCUCCUGGCCCUCAGUCGAUGCACCGAAAUCCGCCUGCUCCUCUGCCUGCGUACCACGCACUUCCUCCUCCAAGAACAGGACCUUCGUUCCGUUCAUCUGCUCCGCCUGCAUCGAAUCUACCAUCCGACAGAACUACAUCAAAAUCUGGAAAGAGUACCGCCACGCAGGCUUCUACCCAUCGUGCAAUGUCGACACCAACGUCGGAGUGUGGACAUAUUGCGCAGUGCGGGACAUGGUGGAAAGCGGGAUGAGGAUGGCACAGGGCACCACUGGCGUGUUCCUGCUCGAUUACACGAAGGACUAUGAGCACAUUGACUUCACGCUGUCUUUGGCGGCUGAAGCCCGAGAGCGGUGGAGCUUCCGUGGACGGACGAGGCGCGAGCGGAGUCGUAGCCGGUCUCCGGAGCGGUUUGACGAGGGUGAAGAGUGCGAGAUGGGGAAGGCUCGGAAAUCGGCACUGUGGCGGCAGAGGUAUCGUGAGAGAUCUCCGCUUAGGCCGACGUGGGAUCCUAUCGUGGAUGAGUUGGCUGAGCGACUUGGGGAUGCGAGGGUAGGGCUGAGGAAGGAUGGUGAUGUUCAAGGGUUGUUGGAAGGCUUGGGAGGUCUGCUCACGGGUUCAAACGCGCUUGAGGAGCGAAAGGGUGAGUCUGAAGCGAGGAAGUCCUGA